AUGGAAAUUUUUCAAAAAAGUGAUCAAAUCGUAUCCAUUGUAGAAAGGUUUAUAAGUAGUCCAGAUAAAACAGUCACAGAUGAUCAACAUGAUAUCACGUACAGUUUAAUGCAAGAAGAAGAUAUUGCUGAAGCGGCAAAAGUAACUGGCAUUUGUUAUUCUAAUUACGAGCCCAUGAGUGUUGCACUGAAGGUAACAGCCGCUGAUCAUUUCCUAUUUUCUCGAGAAUUUUGUAGAAUUGCUGUAGGUACACAAUAUGGAAUUGUUGCGAAAAACUACUCUGGAGAAAUUACUGGAUGUUUAAUUGCCUUUCCUUACGGCACAGUACCCGAUUUAACAAAUUAUACUAACGCCGAAUUGGCUAUGAUUCAAUCGCAAUACGAUGCUACAUUGCAUUUGUUAGAUAAGUUGGACUCUUCCAUACCGGCAGAAUUGUUGGAAAACGAUGGUACAAUCAUGCACCAAUUUAUGAUUUCUGUCAUGACAAAAAAUGCACGUAAAGGAAUCGCUUCUAUCCUAAUAUCGUUAUGUGAUGCUUUAGCCAAACAGAAUGGCUUAAAGUAUAGCGUAUGUGAGGCACCAUCAUCCACUUCUAAGAAAGUCUAUUCUUUGCUGAAUUAUAAAGAGGUUCAUCGCAUCGAUUAUGCUACCUUUACGCAUGGUGGCGUUAAAGUAUUUUCCUCCAUACCCAAACAAGGCUCUAGCGCUUGCACAUUGAUGAUGAAAGAUCUCUGGAUAGCUUAA